AUGCUUGCCACCUUCAUCAUCACCAUUUGUGAGUUCUUCUCUGCUCUUCUCCAUGCUGUAUUGAGAAUAUUAGUACCAGUGGUAGAGUCAGCUGGGCUAGGGGUACCAUACUUUGACCUGGGUCCGUCUCCCGGGGUGGCCAUGGCAGAAUUAAGCCCCAGGCAGCUGGCUGCCAUGCAGCUGAAGGAGCGGUUCCUGGAUGCUGUGCGGAGGAACGAUGCUCAGGAGGUCCUCCACAUUCUCCAUACCACCAACCUAGACAUAGACACCGUGCUGGAGGUGGAGGACUGCAGUAUGGUCCUGGCCUCAUACAAACAAGGUUAUUGGUUGCCAGGCUACAAACUGGAGAAAUCCUGGGCGAUGGCAAUCCAUUUGUGUGCAAUGUACAAUGCUGUAGAAACAGCACUGGUGCUCCUUCAGAGUGGGGCGUCAGUCAAUCGGAUGCCCAAUGGGAAGACACCGCUGCAUGUGGCCUGUGAGGUCUCCAACAGCGACUGUGUGGCCUUGCUAUUGGCCCACGGAGCCAAAGUUAACAGUGUAUCACUGAGUGGACACAUGCCCCUCCACUACUGCAUCACCAAGGAGUCUGUGUACUGUGCCAAGCACCUCAUCCUCAAAGGUGCAAAGGUGGACAUAGCCAGCCAUAAUAGUGAUGAAGACACACCUUUACACACAGCUGCCAGAUUUGGCAUACCUGAGCUGGCGGCAUUGUACUUGGCCCAUGGGGCCUCUGUGAAUGCAGUCAACUCUCGUCAGGAGACGCCCCUGAUCACUGCAGCCUUCUGGGCUUUUGACACCAAGGAGCAAACCUACAGCCAAGAUCACCAUCUUGUCUGUCGUAUCCUGCUGGAUCACAAAGCAGACCCAAACCUCCAAGAAGAGGACAAUAAGACAGCUCUCCACAAGGCAGCGUGGAACUGCGACCACGUCCUGAUGCACAUUCUGCUGGAGGCCGGAGCAGACACACGGGCCAUGGACAUCAACGGCUGUGCCCCCAUCCAGUAUCUCCUCAAAGUGACCGAUGUCAGAGCCAUGGCCAUGCCCGAGCUCUGCUACCAGAUGCUGCUCAACUAUAACGCUGCACGGAUCUACCCACCACAGUUCCACAAGGUGUUGCAAGCCUGCCAUGACUUCCCCAAAGUGGUAGAAAUCAUGGUCAAUUCAUAUGAAUCCUUAAAACCCACAAAGAAGUGGAGAACUGCCAUUCCUGAUGACUGCUAUAAGCGACAUGAGGAAUUUUACGACUCUUUGUUUGCUGUUUGCACCAACACCCCUCGCGCCCUGCUUCACCUGGCCAGGUGUGCCAUCCGAGCGACGGUGUUAAAGCACCGCCACACUGGUAUCGAACAGCUGCCCCUGCCGACCCCCAUGAAGAAAUAUUUAUUACUGGAACCUGAGGGGCUGCUGUACUGA